CCCGGCCGGCGCUGCCCGCCGUGUAUAUAAAGGCCAGCCAUGCACGCGCCAAGCCCAGCAGCAACUCAUCAUCCAACCCGCCUGCUGAUCCGAUCCGAGCUUGAUUAGCAGCUUCUUCAUCCAAGAUCUUGAGCUCGCCAUCCGAUCCGAGAACCUCGUUCCGUCGUCCAUGACGAAGCACCCGAGAGACGCCGCCGCCGGCGACGUGACCCUCUCCCUGGCGCUCUCCCUCGGCGGCCUGCACGCCGGCGAACACGGCGCGAGCAAGAGGCCGCGCCGCGCGGCCGGCGGCGGCGGCGGCGACGGCGAGUUCGUAUGCAAGACGUGCAGCCGCGCCUUCGCCUCGUUCCAGGCGCUCGGCGGGCACCGCACCAGCCACCUGCGCGGCCGCCACGGCCUCGCGCUCGGGAUGCCCGCCGCGGCGCCGGCGGCCAAGCAGCAGCCUGCCUCGAAGGACCCCAAGAAGCAGCAGCCUGCUGCCAGCCACCACCAGUGCCACGUCUGCGGGCUCGGAUUCGAGAUGGGGCAGGCGCUCGGCGGGCACAUGCGGCGGCACCGCGAGGAGGCCGCCGCCACGGCACAGGCGCCGCCCGUCCUCCUCCAGCUCUUUGUGUAGAGCUGGUUCAGUCCAUGGAUAUAGAUUUCUCUAGAAUAAUUCUUUGCAUUUGUGUCGUUCUGUACAUUUUGUAGAACAUUUCGUAGACAUUUGUUGGCAUAUUGGCCGAUUCAUUCAUUCAUUCACUAAUUACAUGUAAAGAUUACUCAUUCGACUCUGAUUUCUUAUGACUUUAUUUAGUUUCUUUAAAUCUGUGCAAGUGCGCAUGGGAUCAUUAUCUGUCUCCCUUGCUGUCUUUGUAAGAGCAAAUACUCAUGAAGUACUAUGUAUUGCCUCUUA